UCAACAUGAGUGAACUUGUCGGGGCAGCGUUUGGAUCGGUGGCCACGGCCGCCUCGAGCGUUGGCUGGUUUGUGCCGAUGUUGGUAGCCGCCAUUGCUUACUUCCAGUACGAAGAGUUUAUGGAUCCGGAGGCGCGUGUUAUCGACGUCCCGACAGAGAUUAUGCUGGACAAGUAUGAUUUUAUAAUUAUAGGUGCAGGAUCUGCCGGGGCUGUUCUGGCUAAUCGUUUAACUGAGGUGGAGAAUUGGAAUGUGCUGCUGCUGGAGGCAGGAGGUGACGAGACGGAGAUAUCUGAGGUACCACUAAUGGCGGGCUAUCUGCAGCUGAGCAAGCUGGAUUGGAAAUACAAAUCGGAACCGUCAGGAACGUUUUGUUUAGGAAUGAACGGUGGACGUUGCAACUGGCCCCGUGGUAAAGUACUUGGAGGAUCGAGCGUACUGAACUACAUGCUUUAUCUGCGAGGAAACAAGAAGGAUUACGACAACUGGGAAGCGAUGGGUAACACCGGCUGGGGUUACAAGGAUGCGCUCUAUUACUUCAAAAAAUCAGAGGACAACACCAACCCGUAUCUGGCCAACACACCUUACCAUUCGACCGGCGGCUAUCUAACGAUUGGAGAAGCACCCUAUCAUACACCGUUGGCGGCUGCCUUCGUGGAAGCGGGCGUUGAGAUGGGCUAUGAAAACCGGGACCUAAAUGGAGCGAAGCAGACCGGUUUCAUGAUCGCUCAAGGAACGAUCCGUAGAGGAGGACGCUGCAGUACGGGGAAAGCGUUUCUAAGACCGGCACGUCUGCGACCCAACCUACACGUGGCAAUGUUUGCCCACGUGACGCGCGUAAUGAUUGACCCGAUCAGUAAGAUCGCUUUCGGGGUAGAGUUCAUUCGCGAUCGGAAACUUCAUCAUGUGCGCGCUUCCAAGGAGGUGAUCGUAUCUGGUGGUUCUGUAAAUUCACCCCAGAUCCUGAUGCUAUCCGGCAUCGGUCCAAAGAGUGAGCUUGCUAAGCACCGAAUUCCACUGAUCAAGGAUUUACCGGUAGGCGAAAAUCUGCAAGAUCAUAUCGGACUUGGUGGGCUAACGUUUAUGGUGAAUCAACCGGUAUCGAUCGUGGAGAACCGCUACCACUCGAUGUCAACCGUCUUACAGUAUGCAGUGCUAGGACAGGGUCCACUUACCAUUCUUGGUGGGGUGGAGGGACUCGCCUUCGUCAGCACGAAGUACGUGAACGCAUCCGACGAUUAUCCGGACAUUGAGUUUCAUUUCGUAUCCGGCUCGACCAACUCGGACGGUGGAAAUCAGCUGCGAAAGGCGCACGGUCUGACGGAGGCGUUCUACAACGCCGUUUUUAAACCAAUCAACAAUAUGGACGCGUGGAGCAUCAUACCGAUGUUGUUGCGACCGCACAGCGUCGGAACGAUAAAGUUACGGAGCAGCAAUCCCUUCGACUAUCCGUACAUUUACCCGAACUAUUUGCACGACGAUCGUGAUAUGCGUACGCUGAUCGAAGGUGUGAAAAUAGCGUACGCCCUGUCGCGAACACAGACGAUGCAGAAGUACCAAUCGACGUUAAGUGCGUACAAGUUUCCGGGAUGUGCGCACAUACAGAUGUUCACUGAUCUGUACUGGGAGUGCAUGAUUCGUCACUACACGUGCACGAUCUACCAUCCGGUCGGUACGUGCAAGAUGGGCCCGUACUGGGACAAGCAGGCUGUUGUUGAUCCGCAGCUGCGCGUGUACGGUGUACGCGGGCUGCGUGUAAUCGAUGCCAGCAUCAUGCCAAAGCUUGUCAGUGCCAACACCAAUGCACCGGUGAUCAUGAUAGCGGAGAAGGGUGCCGAUAUGAUAAAAGACUUUUGGAUCAAACGCGGCGUGGCGUAA